AGAGCUGUGGUACGGUAUGAUAUGAUACUCGUUUGAUAACAGGGGACUCACAUGAUUUUCGUGCACGGGCGCGCUCGCCUUACCUGUGCUCGUACAACUGUUUUGCUCGUCUGUCGAAGCUUAUCCCUGUAUCGAUGAACCUCCAUCCACCUCAAUCAACAUCUGAGCCAACCAACCACGAACACACACACGAGAUUCAACCACCGUCAUCAUAAAAUUUUCACCGGACGCUCUGGUGCGUGGCGUUGGCACAAAUAAAAGUUGAGGAUGCCAUCAAUCUUGAAUACAAAACGAGUAAAGGUAGGGUUCGGGAUCCCCCAAUUUGCGAUGAUGGUCUCCUGGUUCGCCUUCCCUGCAGCCUCGGGAUUGUGCACCAACACUUGGGGAGAGUUUAGCUGACAUAUGAUAUCACGGUAUUUAGGGUGUCUCUAUCUUCCGGCCCUUCGGUACGAAAUUAUAUACCCCUCCGAUUCCCGCAUAUCUCGAGAGGCCUUUUUCCGUUUCCCCGUCUUUUUCUUACCAAAUCGGCUGACUGACAAUUUGUGAACAGUUUACGGAUCAAUUGCGACGCCAGUCAACCCGGACAAGAAGCCUCCAAACCUCCCACCAGACCACACACACCAGUGGACCGUCUCUGUGAAGGGGGUCGAUGGUGCUGACGUCUCGCAUUUCAUCAAGAAAGUACAGUUCAAACUACAUGACACCUAUGCCAACCCUUUACGAAGUUUGUCAAUCCUCCCCCCCCCCCCCAUCUCCCCCCUCCCGUGCAUAUACAUACAUCAAACCAGCCUAAUACAUUAUGAAACGGCAUAGCUUGCGAGUCACCACCAUUCGAGGUAUCAGAAACAGGGUGGGGAGAGUUUGAGAUCGUUAUCAAGAUCUGGUUUGUCCCGGAGUCGGGCGAAAAGCCACAAUCGUGUUUCCACUUCCUAAAGCUGCACCCGUACAUCGGUGACAAAGCAGAGCUUGAGCUCGCAAGGCAACAGCGCCGCCCUGUUCUUUCGUACAUGUACGAUGAAUUGGUUUUCAACGAGCCCACGGAAGCCAUGUACGACAUCCUGACUUCCAAAGGGUCUGCAAGGCUUCCUAGCCGCGCGAGGGGCGCUCGUGGCGAGUUUACAGAGGAAUCGGAGGCUAUGGAGCUUGACCGCCUCAAUGCAGGCCUUCAGAUCGUCAAGGAGCAUAUUGACAAAGCGAAGGAAACCCUGUUGGCCAAGGAGAAGGCCGUGGCCGAGCUCAAAGCCGAGCGCGAGAAGAAGUAAUGAUUUCUGGUCUACUCCUUCUGAGUCGUUUUUUUGUCUUCUUUUUUCCUCGGGUGUGGGCGAGUUGACAGUUGUUCCAAUACGGUCGAAAAAAAAAGGAAGAAGAAAAAAACUGCAACUCGUAUCCAAAUCGAGCCCCAUCGAUCACGAUUUCCUCUGUGGCGUUUACAGUGGUAUUUUUUCUCGCCUGCUGAAAUGACCUCCUGCUCAUGCCUGUUUGGUUUGUUGUGAUAUCCCUAUUUGAUUUAGCUUGAUUUCCUUCAGGAUGUUUUUUCUAUGUUUUCAUUCUCAAUCCUUGUGGGUUUUCUCGAUUCGUCCUUUCGGGAUCGCCUUUCAUCCUUCCUCCGGUCAACACCGGCUCUUCUUUGAAACUCUCGCUUGGGUUUCAGCUUAGCCUUCGCUUGUACUGUACUGUGCUCGAGUAGUCCAGUUCUAGACCCUAAAAAAGGCCCGAAUGUUUAUGAUGGUUAACUGACUCGAGCUAAAUGCCCUCCAUCGUGAUUUGCAUCGCCACUGAGCGGGAAGUUAUCGGAGGGAGGAGACAGCUCACGAUUUCCCACCCUUACCAUUCACAAUUCAUUUAUUAUCAUCAUCAUCAUCACCAUCGUAGUGAACAAUUUUCUCCCGCCCCUGUCUGUCCGUGUGCCCUUCAGUUGUAAGCUAACUAGUUUGUUGGAAAAACCUUUAUUCUCCCUCUUGGUGACAAAUUCAUAGUUAUCAUCCCUCUCUAUCUCUCUAUCUCUCUCUUUCCUCUUUCCCUCUUUUUCUCCCUUCUUAUCUUAUCCCUUCCUUCCUUUCUUCCGCGGGGAAGGAGAGGGCAAGGCGAUGGGGCAAGGGGGAAAAGUUACAGCCUUAAUCCGUGAUGGGGACUAGAGAAAAACGAUUGAAGGCAUGGUGAUACUAUACUCAAGUACUGUAAAAGAAAGUAUCAAAUUUGAGUGAAGGAAAUAGAAUAGAGUUCCGUCUA